AUGGAGUUCCAAAAACCCCGACUGCCCCCCAAGGCACCAAGGAGUACGCUAAAACCUUCGAAUGUCGUCACUCACGAUCUGGACUUUUACGUACAUCCGAAUCUGGUCCCUGAUCAAGACCCCUGCAAGGGUAGAUUGCUUCGAGCCACGGGUCCUAUUCGAGAAGGAACAGUUCUUCUCGUAGACAUACCAUAUGCUAUCGUCCCUUCUGUGACCUCCAACGAACCGCUUAUCUGCAGCAAUUUGUCGUGCUCCCGCCGUGUCCCGCAAAAUGGUCGCGCCGUCCGCUGUGAGCAUGCCUGUUUAAAGGAUGUUGUCUGGUGUAAUGUCGCAUGCCGAGCGACGGAUAAGAGCCGUCAUAACUUUGAGUGCUCUUGGCUGAAGAAACACGCAGAAGCACUUCGCCAGAAAGAGGGAGAGUACAAUUUCGCUACGGUCUGGCAUGUUGUUCGACUGCUUGCCACGUGGAAUGCCGAGUUACACAGCGGUAACGUUCUUGCACAACAGCGGCAUCCAUGGGAGGCCCAUUUCUUACGUGGCUGGAAAGCCGUGGACAUGUGCUGUGCGUACCUCGACUCGUGGCCCGAGGUGCAGAUUACACAUUGGAAACGACUGGUCCACGAGUAUCUGAGUGAUGCGACUGUUCUACCGCCCCUGCUAAGUGCCGAACAAAUGCUUUUGCUAUUAUGCAAGGAAGAGACCAAUACCUUUGGCCUGUAUCCGAGGGCUACUGGCUCUCAGCCCGUGAAUGACAACGCUGCACCAAGAGGUGAAUCGUACGGAAUGGCCCUGUAUCCCCGUGCUGCCCAGUUUAACCAUUCUUGCCUACCAAAUGUCACUCACAAACCCGACGGCCAAGCACGAAUGGUCUAUACAGCAGCCCGUGAUAUCACAAAGGGUGAAGAAUGCAUGAUCACAUACUUCGAUCUAACAACGCAUAAAGACCUCUUAAGUAGGCAAAAUCAUACGCAAGAACAGUUUCAGUUCAAAUGUACCUGCGAAAGAUGUCUGAAGGAAGAAGCAGAGGAAAAUAUUGAGAGUAUGGAUUCAUUACCAUUUGGCUUUUGA